AUGUCGUCUCUGAAUUGUAAAACUACUAUCUGCGUGGUGUGUUUGGGCAAGCCCAAAUACCGCUGUCCUGGCUGCCGCGUGCCCUACUGCUCGGUGUCUUGCUUCCGGAAUCACAAAGAGCAGUGCAACCCUGAAAUUCAUCCUGAAAAGAAAAAAAACAACACAUCACUUCUUAUAAAAACGACAAAGCCUGAGGAAAACAAAGAUGAUGAGUCAUCCAUAGCAGAUUUUCUCAAUAGUGAUGAAGAACAAGACAGAGUUUCUCUGCAGAAAUUAAAGAAUCUAGGGGACUCUGUACAUCUAAGGAAUUUACUGCUUAAUCCACAUCUUAGAGAAUUGAUGGUCAACCUUGAUCAGGGCAACGACAAAGCAAAGCUCAUGAAAGCUUACAUGCAAGAGCCCUUGUUUGUGGAGUUUGCUGACUGCUGCUUAAGAAUUGUAGAACCACCUCAGGAUGAGGAUUCCUAA